UCAGGGCCAGAACUGAUUAUGUUUUUGAUGUGUUGAAAUCCGAAUACUUUGGCCAUUAUUCUGUGAACGAUGGAUCAGGCAGUGGCCACGUCUUCUAAAAGGUUUGAUGUACCAAAUAAACCCUGCAACAAACGCAGACGUUCGUUCACAGAGGCUCUGAAGGAAAAAUAUUGCACAGAGGAAAACUGGGACACUGAUGGCUUCUCCAUUCAAAUCGUGCUUCAUGGACCACCAAGAAACAAAGAGGGGGGAGCUGAGCUAGGCUUCCUUACAAAUGUGGUUCUCGACAGAGGUUUUAUCUCCCACGCCGGAAUUCCCGCUGGUGGCCUCGUCUCUCUCUGCCCAAAUGUCGUUGAUCUCGAUCUUGCAAGCAACCUCAUUGAAAGCUGGGAGGAAAUCCUACCAAUACUAUUGGAACUUCGUCACCUGAAGUUUGUGAAUCUUGCGAGGAACCCAUUCAAAGAUACAGAGGUUCUAAAACAUUGGAAGGAAGAUCUACCAAGCAUUGAGAACCUGGUGCUGAACAACACAGGACUAGCUUGGGAUGAUGUGACUAGACUUGCUCAGUUCAUGCCCCACCUGAAGGAGCUUCACGUCUGUAAAAACGGGUACAGCAAAUUGUCAAAAGAACGACUUGGUGUUCUAAGGAACUUGGAAUGUCUUCGUUUGAAUGAGAACCGCAUAACAAGAUGGGAAGAAGUUUGGAAGCUUCGUUCUCUGCCAAAGCUUUCCUCCCUUAUCUUAUCAGGGAAUCCCCUUCUUGAGAUAUUCUACCGCGAAUCCGACUCCGAGCGUUCAGGUGACACAGAAUCAACCAAUCAGGGUCCAGGACCCUCUAAAGGCGACCUUGAAACGGAUAUUGAAAACAGAAAUGGUCGAAGUAUCUCUGAGAGUUCUGUCAGUAGCAUCGAGAAUGAGAUCAGAGAUAUUGAGUUGAAUUUUGACGAUUCUGACGGUGAUAAUGACACUAUUCAGAAUGAAGAAGAUAAUGCGGAACAAAGUUUUGAUGAUUUGGACGAUUCGAAUAUAACAGAACAAUGCAAUAGUUUUGUUGAGGAUGUCAUGUUGAAGGUCAUAGGGAGAAUGUUGGAUAAUGAUCAGGACAAGAAUGAUCUUGACCCCUGUGAAGGUCAAGCUGGAGGUCAAGGCCCUGAAAGAAGCAACCUCGAGAAUGCAGGUGACCAGGGGUCAAAUUCACAUCAAAAUGGGAACUUCAAAACUGACCGAGAAAAUCAACAAACUGACGUAAAUUGUGAUCAGUCACAUAACAGUAACAACCAUAACCAAGUGAGGAUGAGUGAUGUUCCGUUUUCGGAACUGAGGGUUCUGUGUGUGAGUGAGACUCUGCUCAGUAAAUGGAAUGAUCUGGAGGCGUUGGCAAAGUUCCCAAAGUUACAACAGCUCAGAGUCAAGGACGUGUCUUUGCUCUGCCAUGUCCCUAUGGAAGAGAGAAGGAAGCUCUUUCUAGCAAGUUUACCAAAGAUCACCAGUCUUAAUGGAAGUGAGGUGACGGAGAGCGAACGAGACAAAUCAGAAAGACACUUCCUGCGCUAUUUUGCCAAAAUGAAACAUAAAACUGAGCGAUAUGCUGAACUAGUUGACAAACAUGGUAGACUAAAGCCCUUGAAAGAAGUGGAUAUAGGGUUUGGAUUCCAGGAGUGGGCUAGGAUGACGAUCGUCUAUAAAGGCAUCAAGAUGUGUGAGGAGAGUAUACAUGUGGUGGAGCCAAUCGGGAUACUAAGGAGGUUCAUUUCAAAGAAGCUGUCUCUACCCGUAGGGUCUUUUAGAAUCUUGCACUACCCCUGUGGCGAGGGCCAUAAGAAUCUGGACCCAGACGUGGAGGAAUUACGCCUCGACUCGCUACCUAUGAGCCGAUUUGAUUUCAUGGAUGGGGAUGAGAUUCACGUUGAUGAAAGCAUCCCAACCCGCCCAAAGAUUAAGAGAAGUAACGAAACAUCCAAGCGAUGAGACGAAAAGGACCAAAAUAUAGUAAAUAUUUUUCAGGCACCUCUGCAUUAGGAGUACCAUUUGCAGAAAAAACAUGUAUCUUACCUGCAAUGCCGCCAUUCUGCAUAAGCAGUGGAUUAAGACAGUUUCGGAUCAUAGGAAUAAUGGUUUGGGAUAAAGUCAUAAAUCAAUAUAUAGUGGUUGUUGUUUUAAGAAUAUUUUGUGUUUUGGUUUCUGUGUCGUGAGUGUCUUCCCACCAUAUUUUUUCUGAGCUGCUAACUUUGACAUGAAGGUGCUGUUAUUAACAUUUAUUCAAGUGGGACUGAACAGUUGACUGCCAGUCCAGAGUGGCUAACUGGUGUCAACAGCUUAACUGAGUCGUUUGAAUGCAUAAAGCCGUAUACACACAGGGUGAACCAGUUUUUAGAGCAUUUAGGUGAUAGGUGUUCAUAGUCUGUAAAAACUCCAGCUGUAAAAUGUUGCUAAAUCUUGCAUUUGAUUGAUCUCUAAAUAACAAUGUUGUGUCAGUUUAGGCUAGGGGACAAAAUAUACAUAUGUAGAUAUCUGAAUUUGAGACGGCUAGGUCCCGUACUAAUAUGUACUGUACAUGAAGUACUACUUUUUAUGAUGACGGGGGGGGGGGGGGGAAUUGGGUGUUCAAACUACACUAUGUUGUCCCAAAAGGUUU